AGAUUUUGAUUCUCUCUCCAAGGAUGAUGUCUAUGAGAAUAACCGCUUGGCCUUUGAAUUGGCAGAGCGGGAACUGGGCAUCCCAGCCUUGCUAGAUCCCAAUGACAUGGUCUCCAUGAAAGUCCCUGACUGCCUUAGCAUCAUGACUUACGUGUCUCAGUAUUACAACCAUUUCAACAACCCCAGCCAAGCCAGCGUCCCUCCGCCUAUGAAGCGCCCAGCUGCUGACUCUUCUCCUCCUCUGCUGUCCCACAAGAAGCCCUUGGCUGCAGAGCAGCUCAUAGCUCCCAUCCUGAGCUCCCCACGUUGUGUGUCUCAGGACGAUGCCCCCUCGGACCCGCUGGAGCGGUCCCAGCGCACCACGCUCAGCAGCACCUGCACAGCCUGCCAGCAGCACGUCCAUCUGGUCCAGCGCUACCUGGCUGAGGGCAAGCUCUACCACCGCCAGUGCUUUAGGUGUAAGGAGUGCUCCAGCACGCUGCUCCCGGGGUCAUACAAGCCUGGGUCAGAGGCAGGGACUUUUGUCUGCACACAACAUCGUGGUAAAUUGGCCAUGAGUGGGAAGGCGGAGAGGAGGCCCAGCCCAGACCAACAGUCGCCAGAGCUAAGAACUGAAACUGGGGCUGGCAGCGUGAGUGAGGACGGCUUUCCCAUGGGAACAGAGGUGGGGAAGAGCGAUGGUGACUCCCUGGAGAGCACGGCAGAGACCCAUGUGCCUGCAGAGGGGCUAGCUAGCCCGGCGGCGAAGGACAGCACAGCCAGCAAAGCAGAGACAGUGAUGCUCCCUGCUCAGGUCUCCCAGACUCCGCCCAGACCUCCCCUUCCCAGCAAGCCCACAGCGCUCCCCCAGGACAAAGCCAGCUCACUGGAAGGACGGCUCAGAGACACGCGGCCCACCCCUGCCCCGAGGAGGGCCACCGAUGCCUCAGCCCUCUCCCCUCCUACCUCUCACCCUGUCCCUCGGCCCAGGUCCACUCUGCAGAGCGAGGGCAGCGAGUGUGUGCCUCGCAUGGUGAAUGGGUACCUGAACCCAGCCCUCCUGUCCCAAAACCCCGAGGGAGACCAUGCUCCUCUGAUCGGGCUGUUGUCUCUUAGGAUUUGUAGAGAAUUUGGGACACAUGCAGAGUGCCAAGGAGCUGGAGCUGCUGCAAGAGCCAAGGACCCACCAUGGAUGGCCUUGGUGCAGGCAGAGCCCAAGAAGAAGCCAGCUCCCCCUCCUCCGGGCAGCAGUCAGGAGACUCCGACUAGGACUCCAGAGGAGGAAGAUGGGGAGGAUGUGGGGAAAGCCAGGAGUGAGGAGAGCAGGCCUGAUGCCACAGAGCCCAAACCGUACAACCCCUUUGAGGAGGAUGACGAGGAAGAAGAGGAGAGCGCUGCCACCCAAAAGAGCACACCCGAGCAGGAACAGAGCGAGGCUGCUGCCAGGCCUCUCCACCCCUGGUAUGGCAUCACUCCCACCAGCAGCCCGAAGACAAAGAAGCGGCCAGCUCCACGAGCCCCAAGUGCUUCCCCACUAGCCCACCACCCCAUCUCCAGGCUGUCACACUCUGAACCAUCAUCCUCCACCCCCUCUCCAGCCCUCAGCCUUGAGAGCAUCAACUCUGAGAGUUCAGCCAAGGUGCUGGGUGACACUGACGAGGCCUCGGUGCCCAAAAGUUCCUCCGAGCCCACUGUCCACACGCCGACAGCCACCAAGACCUCUAGCACUGACAUGCCGCUGGCCAGCGUCUCCUCCAGCGAGAGCCCUGCUGUCCCAGCCAGCCUCUCCACCAACUCCUCCUUCUCCUCCUCCAGCGAGCUGGCCAGCUUCAGCGGGGAGGCGCAGCCCAGCACCCUGCAUGGCAGCCGGAGCGUCUCCCCUGGCAGGGCGCCCCCAAAGCCUCCAGCUGGGGCUAGCCCUACACCCAUCCUCUUGGCUUCAGAUGGGGGUGCUGGGAGCCCUAAGACGCCUGCCUCACCCAAGCCACAGUUGAAGUCUUCCUGUAAAGAGAACCCCUUCAACCGAAAGCCAUCACCUGCUGCCUCCCCCUCUGCAAAGAAACCUCCCAAGGGCUCCAAACCAGUGCGUCCUCCUGCACCAGGUCACGGCUUCCCACUGAUCAAACGCAAGGUGCAGACAGAUCAGUACAUCCCUGAGGAAGACAUCUAUGGGCAGAUGGAUGCCAUCGAGCACCAGCUGGACCAGCUGGAGCACCGUGGGGUGGCCUUGGAGGAAAAACUUCGCAGUGCUGAGAAUGACAGCCCCGAGGACAGCCUGCUUGUGGACUGGUUCAAGCUCAUCCAUGAGAAGCACAUGCUAGUGCGCCAUGAAUCAGAGCUCAUCUACAUCUUCAAGCAGCAGAACCUGGAGCAGCGGCAGUCAGAUGUGGAGUACGAACUGCGUUGCCUCCUCAACAAGCCAGAGAAGGACUGGACUGAGGAGGACCGAGGGAGGGAGAAGGUGCUGAUGCAGGAGCUGGUGACCAUCAUUGAGCAGAGGAACGCCAUUGUGAACUGCCUGGAUGAGGACCGCCAGAGAGAAGAGGAGGAAGAUAAAAUGUUGGAAGCCAUGAUUAAAAGGAAAGAAUUUCACAAGGAGGCAGAGACCGAGAGCAAGAAGAAAGGCAAAUUCAAGCCCAUGAAGGUGCUUAAGCUGCUGGGCAACAAGCAUGACUCCAAGAGCAAGUCGCCCAAGGAGAAAAGCUAGAGCAGGGGAACCCCAGCAGCAGGAGGGAUGUGCUGCCCAACUGCCCUGGCCUCCCCGCAGCUAGCUGGGAUUCCUGCCAGGAAGGGGACUUCUCUUCCUCUGCUCCCCUCGCCUCUCCCCAUCCUCCUUCCCCAGGCACUGGAGCUGCUGCCCCGGGGAGAUGCCAGUCCUCUGCCCGGAGUGAGGCACUCUGACCAAAGCACUCCCCUUCCCAAGGCU